CGCUACUCCCAACAUACAACUUGAGAACUUGUUUGUUGUUGUGUUGAGAAACAAUUCACUUGUUAAACCAGAACUUGGUAUAGCUAUAUGACUCUUGAAGGAGUUCGCGGACAGGAAUACACAAUGCAGCUUGCUGGCAAAACAUUGGAGGAGCUUCUGGUCUCUGCACAAAGUCAAGAAUGUCUGACGGUUGGAGUCUACGAGUCUGCAAAAGUCAUGAAUGUUGAUCCAGACUGCGUGGCUUUCUGUGUUCUGGCAACUGAUGAGGAGUAUGAAGGCGACAUUGCCCUGCAGAUCCACUUCACCUUAAUCCAGGCGUUCUGCUUUGAUAACGGCAUCGACAUCGUGAGAGUGAAUGACACCCAGCGACUGGCUGAGAUUCUGGGCAACACUGAUGAGUCUGGCGAACCUAAAGAUGUGCAUUGCAUUCUUAUCACGAAUCCAAGUGAAGAUUCGCUGGACGACCCUGCUCUGGAAAAGCUGAGCUUGUUCUGUGAGGAGUGUCGCAGCUUCAAUGAAUGGGUCCCUGCUAUCACACUUCCUGAGCAAUUGGCAACUUGCAUAACUAUGACUCUUGAAGAAGUACAGGGACAAGAAAUCACAACUGAAAUCAUUGACAGGAUGCAGUGUGCUGGAAUAUCAUUGGAUGAGCUUCUGGUCUCCGCACAAAGCCAAGAAUGUCUGACUGUUGGAGUCUACGAGUCUGCAAAAGUCAUGAAUGUUGAUCCAGACUGCGUGGCUUUCUGUGUUUUGGCAACUGAUGAAGAGUACGAAUGCGACAUCGCCCUGCAAAUCCACUUCACCUUAAUCCAGGCGUUCUGCUUUGAUAACGGCAUCGACAUCGUGAGGGUGGAUGACACCCAGCGACUGUCUGAGAUUCUGGGCAAAACUGAUGAGUCUGGCGAACCUAAAGAUGUGCAUUGCAUUCUUGUCACGAAUCCAAGUGAAGAUUCCUGGAAAGACCCUGCUCUGGAAAAGUUGAGCCUGUUCUGUGAAGAAAGCCGCAGCUUCAAUGAAUGGGUCCCUGCUAUUGCACUUCCUGAACGUUGAACUGGGACAAGUCAACUCCUGUUGGAGAUGCUUAACCUUUGUUGCAUUAUCAUCCAGGAAUAUAUGGGUGAAGCCACCAUGUUCCUGAAAUCUGUGGAUUAUCCUAUUGAGGAAUCGCUUGGGCAGGCAUGCUGAAGGUCCUUGAGGGGAUGAGGAAUCAAAGUAUGGGGACUGAUCUGCAGUUGGACAGUUCAUACCAAGGUGCCCCCCACUUUCCAGGUGGAGUGGGGGCUGGUGAACCAUGGAAAAGAGUGGAGGAGUAAUCUUGAGUUUGGGGUAUGUGUGAAGACUUGUCGGAGGGAUACAAGGAAGAAAGAACUGAUACAGAGAAUCUGUUUGGAAAAGACUACGGGAAGUUUUUUUGCAAUCAAAGCUGAUGAACUCUGAAAUGAACUGGUGAAACAAAAAGAAAUGGGAUGAAUUGAUGUGCUGUGUAUAUAUCUACUGUGCAAGUCAAAGGAAACUACAGGACUAAAAAUAAGACUUGUUACUGUCAUUAUUUUGUGUAUUAAAUCACAGAUGAAUAUCUGUUUUAUCACAUGUCAAAACUUUGUUUUGAAUUCUUUUUGCAAUAAAUAUUUGAACCAUA